GCACCGUCAGAGCUGCCUAUGCGAGGUGCGGUACCUCCUUCGCAUACUUCGCCCCUUUCUUAUCUAGCAGGCAACAUCGCAACACACACGCACGCACACCAUUAUGCGCAAGUGCCGACAAUGAAGCCCAGAUUGGACACCCGAUCUAUCGCCGCACUACGUUCACCCUGGCCAAUUCAAACGCCUCACCAUGCCGACAGACUUCCUGCUCUGCGAUCCAUAAAAAUGCUGGAGUGCGGAGCUCACCGGGCUCAUUUCCAGCCAAGCCGAGUCACUCGUAAACGUUCACUACACAUCUCCUCCUGCUCUUUAACACACCUGUUUCCGCCUGCUAGGCAAUCGCGGACGUUUGUCGCGCUGCGUCGCCUCCCUCGUGCCUCCUCUGCCGCUCCUCGUUUCCUGGCGCUGCCUCGAUCAUCAGCACCGCCGCAGCACCGCCCCAGCCGCGACGAAGCGUUUGACGCGGCCGCAGUGAAGUCGGGGGCAGAGAAAGCAACGGUAGGGUCUUCCUCGUCCGCUUUCUUAGCUGUCGCGGCCCUGAGUUCACGCCUCCGCCGCAGUCGCGUCUUGGCCGCCUGCCCCCUUCUGUACUCCACAGCUCUGUCUUUCUGCGUCGCCGAGGCGCUGGCUUCUCAAGCAAAAGCGAUAUCUUCCGCCUCGGCGGCGAACGAGAUAACUUGGCUGUCGAGCGAUAUCCAUGGUGCGUCAAGCGCCAGUGUUCCCGGCGCAGUCACGGACGAAGAUGCUUCGUGGAGUCGCUUUGUGCUCCCUCUUGUGGAAAUCUUGUGCGACGCCUUGACCCGCCACGGCACUUCGUUGCCCGAGGCAGAUUUUGUGCAGUGCUUCUGUCAGCUGUUGACGAGCACCGAUGCGGAAAACGAACGCGGUGUGGUCGUUAUGAUGCAGUCCCUCUUUGCGCAUUGGGCACAGCUUGCUGACGCGCCUUCUGCUGCUCAUGUCGAGUCCACUGUGCGGACCUUGUUGGAGAGUACCUCGGACACGUUGUUGGGUGCGUUUUUGGAGGCACUGCAAGUGUGCAGGUCUUCCUUUGGGAGUCUGACGCCUUCUUCGCUUAUGAGCCACCUCAGCGCGGUGGGGUCGCCGACGGAGGCACCACUGCAGCACUGUUCUCAGGUAGCAGAGAGCUUCCACGGGUCACGACACUGGCACCCGUGCUUGAGCGCUUCGGCCGUGAAAGUCUGUCUUCAGCGCGUUCUGCCACUCCUGACGACGUCGAUGACCACCGGCAACGGCAGUGCCAAACGACAGGGCAACGACUCCGCUGGACUCAACCCCGCACAGCGUCAUCGCCUGCAACUGUGCUUUCAGUGUCAGUUUCCUCCGUCUACGGACGAACACACGCGGCACGACUGCGCGGUACUCACAAUGGCCGUACUAAAGGGAGCCGCCUUUCCUGCCUUGGUAGCUGCGUAUCGGUACUUUGUAGAGGAGGGCCUCGCCUCUGUUCCUGUGGCCCUGCGGUUUCUCUCCAACUGCGGCAUGUGUGUGCCACACGUAGGGCAGCGAGGCGUGUCGCUCUCCGUCUAUGUAGCGGCACUCGCAGCAACAGCGGCAGCAGCACGACCGUUCACCUUCCAAGAAACACAGGAUUUGUUUGUGGCGCCGCGCACGACAGUGGAGCCGCUGCUGCAUGCGCGUAGGACUCUACUGGAAAGUGGUCGCGAGCUCAAGCAGAUCGAAGGCGGUCUCGUGCAUGUAAAUGCCGUGCUCAACGUUCUGGGCUACGCCGCCGACGUGCGCGCUUUUUACGCCUGCAGGUUACCUGGCCAAACGUCGGCGCUCCGCGAAACGCCACACUCGGUGAUGUCGUGUGUGCUUCUGCGCAACGCGGAGGCGGCGGUGGCGGCGCUGGCCGAGCUCGGCCUCUCACGCCCGGAGGGGUGGGUUUUUGUUCCGCCGACCGUGGUGCAGUGCAUGGAGGCGGUGAGCCGUCUCGUCGGCGAGAGGGGCACCGCGGCGCAGGUGGACGCGCUCUACGUCGCGCUGAUCGAUUUCCACAACGGCGCGCUCUUCGCCAGCCACUACGUCGAGCUCGUCCUGGCGGGUGUGUGCGACCGCAUUCGCGACCUCCACCACGCGGUGCACAAGCAGCCGCCUGUUCUGCAUGGAAAGAAAACCGUCGACACUGCAUCACCCCCGUACACGGCCACGCCGCACGAGGUGCUGGACCGCGUCAUUCCCGUCGUCCGCGCUGCUCUCCUCUACGUCGGCGACGAGCUCAACGCCGACAUGAUUCUCGAACUGGUGGAGACGGCCCUGCACGUGGACAGCUACGCAACGUCGCUCACCGCCGCACUUGUCUUGGCCUUUCGCGCUUGGAUGGACCAAAGUCUGUGUUUGCAGGAGCUGCUGUGCAGGGUGGACGCCUCGACGCAAAACGUUCCCUUUCUGCAUUACUACGCCCUGUGCUACGCGCGUGACUUCUGCCGUGCCGCCGUCUUUGAUCAUCUGGCAGUGCUGUGGCACGUCGACAGCGAUGCCAUCUGGCACCGCGACGCCCGGCUUAGUCCGUCAUGCCAGUUGUGGAAGUGUGCUGCCUGUGGCCGCCACAAUAGUGACCGCUACAACUACUGCCUCUGCUCAGCUCUGCGGUACAGCCACGUUUUGUGCGGCACGUGCGGGUACGCGCAAGACGAGCGUCUGCGGCAGUGUCUGAGCUGUGGGACGGCAUUGCUCUCCACGGCUGACUUGGCUAGCGCCGUGGCGCGCAAGGCGUGGCAGUGCCGUGAUUGCGGAGCUCGUAACCCGGCAAAGCAGACGUUGCUGUGUUUCCGCUGCGGGCAACCGACGGGCCCGCGCUUCCGCGAGGGUGCGUGUCGUACAAACGAGUCGGGUCCGGUGUGUCUGCGGAAAAGCUUCUGUGACUGCCACACGGCGGAUCCGACCACUCCCAGCGACAAAUGGGCAAAAGACGAGGUGUCGCGCCAAAAGCGCAAAGAGGCGGCUUAUGCGGCUGCGGUUGGCGUGUGCCACGCCUGUGGCCGUUUUAAGAUGGAUUACGCCGCAUGCCACAGCGCUGUGUGGGUCUGCGCGGGCUGCCAGCAGCGCCGCAGCACGCUGGAACGCAUUUGUCCGUCUUGUCCGCAGGUAGAGUGCCUCCCGCACGCCCUGUGCCGCGAGUCGAUCGAGGUGCGACGGGUGUGUCGUCACUGCCAGCACGAGGAGGCAAAUCCUUUCACGGUGGUGUGCUCCGCUUGCGGAGGAAGCGAUGACCCUUUCGGUCGCGAAGAAGAAGAUACAGCAGCAGCAGUAGCGGUACGGGCACCAUCGGCUUCUCUUCCCAUCUCUACGGAAGCAUCGUUGAAUUCAUGUGCGAAUGGAGGAAAGAGCGAGGCGUCUAACAUCUCUCAUUGGUGCUUUCACUGCCAACACACCCAGCCUUGGAAAGAGGACGCCUCACUGCUUCCUGCGUGCUGUGACAGCUGCGGGGCGCCGUGCGAAGAACGAGGGCGAUGUGUCCUGCGACCACGUGCCUGUGGACAGUGCGGAGAGCCGCUGCUUUCGCCGUACGCUGGGACGGCGGUGUGCCCGCACUGUGCUGCCUACGUGGAACCUGUGCUACAGCCGGCCCACCACCGACACGACCACCUCGGUGCUGCGGCCGUCUCCGACGUUGUGUGGUGGAGCGCGGUAACGGUGCGGCACACGUGUGAAGUGAUUGACGGGUGGUGCGCGCAAACGGCGCGGCAUGCGGUGGAGGGUGCUGAGAGCCGCGGCGCCGCUGUCCCCCCUUCUCCCCGCUCUGCUCUCACCACGACCAACGCAGGCACCCAAGCCACUUUUCUGCAACGCCGUCCCACGUUUGAGAAAACGCUCGCACACCUUUUGCAUGAAUGGACAAACACGGAUAGCGGUUUGGGUGCCGCGGCGUGGCUGCCCAUGCGCAUGGACGUGGCGACGGUGCUCGGUCGCUCACUGAACGGGCUGCGGUCACACGUGCCCUUCUCUCUCGCUGCUCGGCGCCUCUCUGCCCUGUUGAAGAGUAUCCUCUUGCACGUCGACACGCGGUGCGGCUUGGCGGCGACCGGGUGCCGCGAUGCCGCGGUGGGUCGGUACGCCGCCGACACGCACUUUACUGCGGAGGAGCUGUGCCACUUGUGCCUGGGGACGCACCCCGCAGAGCUUUGCCCGUUUCGCGAAGACGGUGGACGCUGGACCUGUGAGGAGUGCGGCAUCGUCAACGACAACGACGAUGUGGGCCGCUACGUGUGUGCCGGCUGCCUCGCCCUGCGACCGGUGGUGCAAGACUCCCUUGUGUCGACCUGCUGGGAGUGUCACGACUGCCACCGCGCGAACGUGCAUUUUGAGCGCUACUGCAUGCACUGCGGAUUGGAGCGGAGCGGUUGGAGCGCAGCGCUGCUUUCUACUUUCCCCGAGCGUGCAAACGACACAGGUGAGCAAGAGGGUACGAUGGCGAACAAGACGAGAGGAGGAGAAGGCGAGCCAAACCUCUCCGCGGCAGAUGCGGAGAUGCAGCGGUCAACGGCGUCUCGCGAUGACGAGAUCCCCUUCACGCCGGCGAGGUGCCACCUGUGCGGUUUGGUCUACAUCGAGGCACGCUGCCCACUUUGCCAGAAUCACAUUCCCAAUGUCGCCGAUGCGAAGGGCACGGUAUGUGAGGUGCGCGCACGGCAUGCUUUCAUUCAGCCGUUUGGCACUAACCGCCGGCAAGAUCGCAUUUUUGUGGACGAGGCGCUGUUGCAGGUGAGUCCACUGCGUGAGGGGCUGGAGGUGCACUACACCGCCGAACUCGGCGAGCUUGGGCGAAUGCAGGCGACGUACCUGCGCUGCUGA